AGGGAGUUUAUCAUGUAAAAGGGUUUCAGACAUACUUGGGCGCACGCGCGCUCAAUGUGACUUUUAUGGUUCCAAUUUCUCUGUCCCGAACCAAGGCACAUAUCUCUCUCUUCUCACAUGGUUCUUUCGCAAAUAGAACCAAGCCACUUGACAAAAGUGGCACUCAAGCUCAUUCAGCACUUCCAAUGAGCUCAUCUCAACAACGUAAUCCGUCCCAACCUAUUUUGUACUCUAAAGUACAUCAGUAUAGCAGUAAAAUUUAACAAAAUUUACUCCCUUGUCCUCAGAAAAAGAUCAGUUCCCAAACAUCCAAUCACAAGAAGAUCCCACUGACAUGGAUCCAAUUAUUAUUGAAACCGUUUACUGGAGAGUAUCUCAAUCUUCUGGUUCUUUGCUUUUCGACGUUAUUUCUCGCAAGGAAUCUGACAAAGAUUUAUACAAAUUGGCCAUUGAUCAAUUUGGAGACCUCGCUGGUCAAUUAGUCCAUCGAUCUGGUACAAACCGUUACUUGGAGGUCAAUUUUAAUGCUAGUGGACACCGUUCAUUUGCUUUCACUUCUGGCUUGAAGUUUGAUCAUGGCAUGAUCAUUAAGCCUGCACAUGACAUGGCAUCUGGCUCCGUUUUGAAAAAAAGUGAACCUUCAACGUUUACCUUGGCUUCGGCCAAAAGAGCUUCUUGCUGGCUUAGCUGCCAUGCUCAGUAACUAUGGCGUUGUUCGAGAUAUUGGUGUUGUCAAGGACAAUGCCACAGGCACU